UAUGAUAGCUGCUGUGUAUUCGCGGUAGGCUAUCCCACAUUUGUGCGGACUGCACUUAUUUGGUUUAGGGAUGCAACAUACCCACAAAGAGAGGGAAGAUUAGCCUACUUAGGAGGAAGGAGCCUCACUACAUCUGAGUGAAUCGUUUCUCCGAAGGCAACUUAACUGCCACAUCACUAUGGACAAGGAUAACACAAAGAGUUUGGCAGUUUUCAUACUCUUGCAGAUUUGGGCAACAAGUUGGUGCGCCCCUCCAAGAUUUUGUGAGCCAGGAGACGAGAUUUUGGGAAGAUGCAGCAACAGUCCACCCGAAGAAGAACAACCCAAAUGCACAGAGAUGAACCUGGGAUACUGUAAUGACAUGGAAUACUCCAGCACCAUGUACCCCAACAUCCUGGGUCACCGUACACGCCUGGAGGCGGAGUCAGGCGCAGAGUACCUCCUCCUCAGUGUCAUCCACGGCCUCCUGAACGGCGAGUGCUCUCCAGAUAUUCGCCUCCUCGGCUGCUCGGUGCUCGCCCCCCGUUGCCAAGGCGACCGGCUGAUCAAGCCCUGCCGCAGCACAUGCGAGGCCGUCCGGAAGGGGUGUAACCACGCCUUCGAGGGCAUCGACAUGGCCUGGCCCUACUUCCUGGAUUGUGACCGCUUCUUUGCCAGCGACCAGGAGGGGUGCCACGACCCGCUGGCGGGGCUGAGAGCUAGACAAGACCUGGCUCUCUCCAACAUCUCCCCAGAGGAGCCAUCCACCAUCAUCCAGUUCACCUACCACUCCAACGCCCAGCUGUACAGUGUGCUAAAGAAGACGGCCGCCAAGUGCAGCCAGAUCUCGCAUGUCUACAGCAUCGGACGCAGCACGGAGGGCAAAGACCUGCUGGUCAUCGAGUUUACCGACAACCCCGGACAACACAAGCUACUGAAGCCUGAGAUCAAGCUGGUGGGGAACAUGCAUGGGAACGAGGUCCUGGGUCGUCAGCUGCUCUUAUAUCUGGCCCAGUACCUGUGUUCAGAGUACCUUCUGGGAAACCAGAGGAUCCAGACCCUCAUCAACUCCACCCGGAUCCACAUCCUGGCAUCCAUGAACCCAGACGGGUACGAGCUGGCUGCCUCUGAGGUAGAGGAUAACAGGGACCCGGACAGCACAGGAAACAGCAACCAGGAAGGUCAUCUACUUAAUGGGUGGACCAAUGGUCGAACUAACGCCCAGAACAUCGACCUGAAUCGGAACUUUCCAGACCUUACCUCGGGACUGUAUCGCAACCGCCGCAGCAGGCACUUCCGCACGGACCACAUCCCCAUCCCUGACUCCUACUGGUUUGGAAAGGUGGCGCCAGAGACCUAUGCUGUUAUGAAGUGGAUCAGGUCCCUUCCUUUUGUCCAGUCAGCCAGCCUCCAUGGGGGGGAGCUGGUGGUCUCCUACCCCUUCGACUUCUCUCGACAUCCUCUGGAAGAGCGCAUGUUUUCCCCAACUGCUGACGAACAGUCCUUUAAGCAGCUUGCCCGUACCUAUGCCGACGCCCACACCAGCAUGGCCGACAACAACACAGAGAGGUGCGGGGCCUCCUUCUACCGAACCGGAGGCAUAAUCAACGGAGCCAUGUGGUACAGCUUUGCUGGCGGUAUGUCAGAUUUCAAUUACCUUCACACCAACUGUUUAGAGAUCACAGUGGAGCUGGGCUGUGACAAGUUUCCCUCAGAGGAAGAGUUGUACCCAGAAUGGCUUCGCAACAAGGAAGCCCUGCUCAGUUUCAUGGAGUCGGUGCACAGAGGGAUAAAAGGAGUGGUGAGGGAUGAGGAUGGAAAUGGAAUAAAGGGGGCCUCCAUCUCUGUAAAGGGAAUCAGGCAUGACAUCACAACAGCGGAGGAUGGGGAUUACUGGAGAUUGCUUAGCUCAGGGACGUACAUCCUGUCUGCCACGGCCAAGGGCUUCUCCAAGGUCAGCAAGCGGAUCCACCUGCCCCAUCACAUGAUCAGGGCAGGACAAGUGAACUUCGUGCUUAAGAAGGUCCCAGUCGAGCCUGAUUUGGACGACCACUUCUUCCCCACCACCGACACAUGGGAGCGCUUUGAUCCCUACAACCAGUUUGAACGCUACACCCAGACAGAGCUGGGCGAGGGUGGGGUGGAGAGGCAGGAGAAGCCCUGGUGGUGGAACUACUUCACCCAGCCAGGCAUGCCCACCCCUACCUGGCUCCUACGCAACUUCUAACAAUCUCCAAACCCUCCAUCUUCCUAACUACAUCAUAGCCCUAGAUUGCCAACCCAACUAUCCACAUGAAUUAUAUCCAAAUGUAAGAAUAAACCUAUUUGAAACUAGACAUUUUUUCAAGAAUCUAGUUCUAGAUUUGGAUGAAUGUUCUGGAUCCAUUAGAACAGCAGUGGUUCAUGCUAGCCCAACCAAGUCUUUUGCAAUAUUUUGAAUGUAUGAACAUUGGUGCGAUUGCUAAUUGGAUGCAGAUCAACUGAAGGAUCAGUCAUGUUUAGUGCAAUUUGUGUGCCUGUCCCCAAUGUGUUUUAGUUUUUUUUACGUUUUCAAAUUGAGUGUAGCUGCAUUGGAAACUUGUCAUGGUGAGGAUUUUUUGUUCUUUUUAUUUCACAUACUCAGGCAGCUGUUGACUAUAGAUUUUUGGCACAUUCUUUCAACGUGUAUUAAAGGACAUCAGUAGUGAGA